GAAGAAACCCGUAAGGCAUAGAAGGUUGCGCAAGCUGCCUAAGCUGUUGCGCGCUGUCUCCGAAUUCACGAACGAUUUUACUCAGACGGUCCGUGCAACGCAAAUUAAACCGGCACAAGGCAGCAGAAAUUUAGGUUUAGUUAGCGUGAGCAUCGGUUGACCUGAAGUUGCAUCGUAACUUAGUCAGGGCGUAUAAUGAACUGAGGAAAAUAAACCAUGGAGGGAAUCCUGUAUAAGUGGACUAAUUAUUUAAGCGGCUGGCAGCCUCGGUGGUUUGUUCUGGAAGGGGGGACUCUGUCGUAUUACGACUCUGAGGAGGACGCGUGGAAGGGAUGCAAGGGCAGCAUCAAAGUUUGCGUAUGUGAGAUACAAGUGCAUGCCAGUGACCUCACACGCCUGGACCUGACGAUCCCAGGUGAGCAGUACUUCUACCUGAAGGCCCUCAACGCCGCAGAGAGGCAGAAAUGGCUUGUUGCCCUGGGAACGGCCAAGGCCUGUCAUACGGACAACAGGACCAAGCGGGAGAAAGAGCUCCAGGAAACUACAAAGGCUCUGAAAACCAAGAUGUCUGAAUUAAGGCUCUACUGCGACCUCCUCCUCCAGCAAGUCAACAGGAUUCAAGGGAAUUCUCCCAGCGCUGAUGCAGUGGAGCAGGACGACGGCACCAUGCUCAAGUCCACUUGCAGAACCUUUCUGAAGACGCUCAACGAGUGCAUGGUCAUCGCAGACCGGGCCUUCAGCCAGCCCACUAUCCUGCUUCAGACUCCCCCUGGUUCCCCCACUGCCGUCGCUAUCAAAUCUCAUAAGGUAAAAACUGGAAUCCAGUCGAAUCAACACCUUCGUGAAAAGAAAAGCAGCUCCCGCAGCAGAGAGGGGAGAGUGAAUCCAGGGCUGCCAGCUGAUGAUCGAGGGGCCGCAGGCGAGGGCUUGCAACCCCAGACUGAGGAGUCCAGCUCAGGGGGAGGAGCAAGCAGAGUCCCUGAGGGAGCUGGGAGUGAGCCUGGGGGGGAGUGGGCCAGUGGACCAGUGGAGAAAAUGGACCAAGAUGGAUCUCCUGGUGCUGAGCAGGGAGAAAACGCUGCAGUGUCGCAGCAGCUGAAGGGUGUGGACCAAAAGCUGAGUCUCACUCACGAUGAGGGACUGCGGGCUGUCAUUCCAGAUGAGAAUAACUUCAAAGGUGUGGAGGAAAUGAGCUCUGGAAAUGAGGUUGACCCUGAGCAGACCACAGCAGCCAGAGAUGUCCUCCCCAGCCAGACUCGGGGGCAAGAAAAAGGCUUAGAGCAGGUGGACCCAGCCAGCACCCUGAGCAGUAGGUAUGAAGAUCCUCCUCCAUGAUGGCCAACCAAAACAGGCCAUGGGUGCUCCUUAUGGUUCACGUCAUUGGGCAGAGGUGUCCUACACACCCAGGGUUAGAGUCUGCAGCUCCUGAAAGUGGAGUAUGACCAUGAUAAUCCAGGUGUGCAGAGACUUCUGUGUGUGUGUGUUUGUGUGUGUGUAUGUGUGUGUGUCCACGCAUUAGUAUUGCAGUGAUUGAUGACCUAUGAGGUCCUGGCAGAGGGCUGGAUGUUGCCGUAAUGGGAACUCAAAUAAAAAGCCAUCUGAAGUCUC